UAUUGACGUCCAUUAGCUUACGCUUAAGUAGGUUGAAAACAUAUAUUCCUUGGCGUCAAUUAAUUUUGAUAACACUAAUUAAAGCAAUACUGGGACACUAGCCUGCGCAAACAUCUUAUCCGGGUGAGAGAUGUUAAAUAUCAUUUGUUUUUCGGCAUUGGAAUGAAUACCGGGUUUCUUUACCAAAGGGAAGUUGACUUCUCGUCUAGAUGAGCAUGACGAACCACUUGUGGACGUCAGAGUGUAACAAAGUGAAUGUACGAUUCACAAGUCACCAUGAUGUAAGCAAUGAAAAUGACGUAGUUGGCGUCAUUGGAUCAUGCAAAACCCUAGGUAACUGGGAGCCAGAAAGUGCUUUAUUGUUGGAGAGACGUGGUGUUAAAGGAUGCUGGAGUUCACUGGUGAGAUUACCACUAUCCCAAUAUUUUGAAUGGAAAUUAAUUGUUAUAGAUAGGCUAACGCGUGAAAUCCAGAAUUGGGAAGAAUAUCCAAACAGGUGGCAUUGGAUUGACAGAGGUCCUGUUGAAAUAAUAGCAGGAUGGAAUAGCAAAGAAAUUACCCGAUGUAGUUCAUGUAGAUGUUUAGUUGGACUCUGUUGUUGUACAACAAUUUAUUCAAAUCUGAUGCCACCAGAAGGUUUAGUAAACGUCACAUUUAAAGUUAUUCAUAGCAUCGAUGACGUAAAUGAAACGAUAGCUCUUGUAGGAUCAUCAAAAUUUCUUGGAGACUGGGAUCCGACAUAUUCCCGGUUGUUUUCAGCGCAACAUAAUCCGGUAUUAACCAUCCAGUUACCCGUUAACACAUGUUUCCAGUGGAAGUUAGCAAUUCUUAACAGUCAACACAGAAAGGUGCUACAUUGGGAAGAAAUCAAACAUCGUUCACUCAGUGUACAAACGUGCCCUGUGGAAGUUGGCGUGACUUGGGGCAAAACCGCUGAAAUCGGCUACAGGUGUUUCUGGUUAGAUCCAGAUUGGGUUGUUGCACCAUGUCCAUGUGGUAGACGAUACUGUAAUAAUAGAGACAUCAAAGGGGAUGCACGCAAAGUAAAAGACCUUCUGGAUGUAUUUGAUAAUACGACUAAAGUAAUAAGCGAUAAUCGAAAACUCAAAUCUGCUACAAGCGUAACAUAUGUCACACAUGAAGAAACAGUUAAGACUAUGAAAGAAAACUAUGACCUUUUAUAUUCAGAAACAGAUCAGCAAGAUGGUAUUACGUCAUCUCUUUAUAGACUGGAAAUAGCUAAAGAUGGUGAUUCUCAAGAACAAAUGAAGAUGAACUUGACUGAGAAAAAUAUAAACAACAAAAUAGAGAAUUUAGGAACAGAGAAAAGCAAAGAUGAUGGUUUCCAUCAAGAAACUCCACAUUCAAACAAAAAAGCAUGCGCAAAAUAUGUUACGAUGUCAUCCAAUCAAACAAGUUCACUAUCAACUGUAAACUCUGUUGAACCAAAAAGAUUUACAUCAGAAGUGGGCACCGACACUGUUCUUUUAUCGCAGCUGGUGUCUUUACCUGAGAAAUGUUCAACCGAUUGUGAUUCAACACAAUCAAAUAAGUCUUUCUUAGAUAACACAUUGGUUGAAAGAGAUCUAACUAAGUCAGAAAAUAUGGAGGAAAUUACCGAUAUUGUAGUAUCAGACACUGAUAAUUCAUUAACAACUAUUAGUUCAAUCAAUAGCGAUUCAUCACAAGCAGAAAAUGUUUCAAUAACAAGUUGUUCAGCUGAUAGUGAAUCAUUACAGACAGACAACUUGUUAUUAAAGAACUAUGCAGAGGAUACUUAUUUGUUUCACGGAGAAAUGUUAAAUGUUGCCCAAACCAAGAACGAAGUACUGAAAACGAUCAGCUCCAACGGCGAUUCGCUUGCAAAUGAACAGCACAAGAAAAUUUCCAGUAUAUCAGUAGUUGAAAAGAAAACUGUUAAGUUAGUCAGUUUCAAUAACUUAUUAAAGGGUGAUAUAAACAUAUCAAAUGAACCUCUCAAUACUGACAAUCAUGAGACUGAAUACGUACCAGAGAGCACAACUGAGAAAUUACUUUGCAGUGAUAAUAUGACAGUGAUAACGCAACUGCAAGAUUUGUCACAACUUGACAUUGCCUUAAAAAACGAACAAAAAAGCGAAGCUGCAGAAAACAAGCAAGCGAAUGAAACAGAAAGAAACAAGUUAUUGGAGGAACCGGAUCAGAUAGAACAGUCGGGAAGCAUUCUGUCACAGCCAAUUGAACAAGUUGAAAAUAUCAUUUUGGAUUGUUCAGAAAAUGAUUCCAGUUUUGUAUCAAUGUCAUGGAUUACAGCAACAUCUGCUUUAGUUGCCGUAAUUGUCGGUUCAUGUAUUGUUGAUCGUUAUGUGCGCAAAUAAAUCAUUAAAAUGUUGAAUUUCAA